AUAAUAUUACUAAUAAAUAAAACAUACACGUAUAUAUAUGGCCACGUUCUGUUGCGUCUCUCGCAAGUGAACUAAAGAGAGAGAGAAAUUCCCGUUAGUGAUUUUUAGAAUGGCGAGUGCGAGUUCAGAACAGAAAUCAAAACCAGUAAUGUUGGUAGCAAUCGACGAGAGCGAUCACAGUGCAUACGCUCUGAAAUGGACUCUCGAUCAUUUCUUCAGCACCAACAAUUCCGUUUUCAAACUUGUUCUUGUUCAUGCUAGACCUGCCGCUACUUCUUCUGUUGGUCUUGCUGGUCCUGGAGCUGCUGAGGUUUUGCCAAUUGUGGACUCUGAUUUGAGGAAGAUUGCUGCUAGAGUUGCUGAGAAUGCUAAACAACUUUGCAUUAAGAAAUCCGUAAAUGAUGUAAUAGUAGAGGUGGUGGAAGGUGAUGCUAGAAAUGUUCUCUGUGAUACAGUGGAAAAGUACCGUGCUUCAAUCUUGGUUGUGGGUAGUCACGGUUAUGGGGCUAUAAAAAGGGCGGUUUUAGGUAGUGUGAGUGACUACUGUGCUCAUCAUGCUCAUUGCACUGUGAUGAUUGUGAAGAAGCCAAAAACCAAGCACUGAUCUAUAUUGGCAUAUCCUGCAAGAAUAAAUAAAUAAUCCUUUCAGCAGAAGUGAAAUAGCAAUGUUCUCAGAAAGUUUGUGACUUAGUUUAUCCUAUGGCAUGUUUGGUUUGUAGUUUAUGAUAGAAAAUAUGCAAUUGUGUGGAUUGUUGUUGCCUCCUACCCGGGGGCCUUAUUUUAUUCUGUAUAUGAAAAUUUCUUAGAUUAAUGUGUCUCUAAUAACUAUCUAGAUUAAUCUUUCUCUCUUAGUUCUAAUUGAAGAAAUUUAGUGCUGAAA